CCCCGCCCACUGUGGCCCCGCCCCCGCCCCGGCUCCGCCCCCCGCGCCCCGGACAUGCCUGGGCAGCCGGGUGGUUCUCCAGCACUUGGUCACCCUGUGCUCGCAGCUGCUCGUGGUCGGCGCCCUGGUGACGCGAGGACACUUAGAAGCCAGGGACUCAAACCACCAACACGGCUCUAUUCCAGCUCCCUGUUUGGGGUCUCAAGGCCCUUUUCAGUUUAUAGUAUAGUCUCUUUGAUAGAAAAUCAUGGAAGCAAGACAGUAUUUUCUGAAUUCUCUUUUCCUGUGGUCAUCUGUUACCCUUAUUAUCAGGUGCGUGGGAGAAUGGACAAGACCUGUGAAAUGAACUACAAAGUGGUGGACAGCCCGCUGGGGGAGAUUGAGAUCUCUGCCUGUGAGCAGGGUGUGCAUGAAAUCAGGCUGCACGGCAGGAAGACCCCCGAUGCCGGAGCCAUGGAGGCCCCCCCUCUUCCUGAGCUGCUCGGCUGUCCAGGGGAAAUGACGGCGCCCCUGAAGCAGUGCGUGGCCUGGCUGGAUGCCUAUUUCCAUGAGCCGGCAGCCCUCAAAGACCUCCCCUUGCCUGCGAUUCACCAUCCCGUUUUCCAGCGAGAUUCGUUCACCAGACAGGUGUUGUGGAAGCUGCUGAAGGUUGUCAGACUCGGAGAAACGGUUUCUUACCGGCAAUUAGCAGCCCUGGCAGGCAGGCCCCGAGCAGCGCGGGCAGUGGGCGGAGCGAUGAGGACCAAUCCUGUUUUCCACAGAGGACUCACUAGCCCACGUAAGACGGUUCGGCAGCCUUCUGGAAGGUGCGCCCCCCCCCCCCCCCACUCAUUCACCACGGAGGAUGGUCAGCCUCCUGUAGCUUCCCAUCCUCAUCCCGUGCCACAGAGUGGUCUGCAGCAGUGGAGCCGUGGGCAACUACUCCGCAGGCCGGGCCACGAAGGAGUGGCUUCUCGCCCACGAGGGCCGCCUGGCAGAGAAGCCGAGCUGUCCGGGAGGCUCCCGUGGGGGUGGCAUCCCCCCGCCCCCAGCCUGCUGGCGGAACGGAGGACUUGUGGGAGUAAAUACUUGAGUGACACAUAAAGGUUCUAGCACAUUGGAGGUGGUCUGUGCGGUAUUAAAAGAACUGAACGUGUCCUGGGG